AUGCCACCUCCAAGAUCUAAACCCCAACAUGACGACUCCAGGUCCGAUGCGUCGAGCACAAAAGAAAAGGCUGGGCCAAACUCCUCGAAUGCUCCCAAUGGCAAAGGUCGACGCGUAGGCGGAAUCGUCGCAGGAGGAAGUUCACUACGUGAAGUAAUCUCAGCGGGACAGAGUAACACAGCUGUAGGAAACACAGAAGCAGCUCCCAGUACAACUAUUGACUGGGCAAGCUUCGACUCCUCAACUCUAAACAACUAUCGAUACGGCUAUCGAUUAAAUACACCGUCUUCCUUCAACAAGCCCUAUAAUCGACUCAUUCUCUCGCAAUCAGCAAUCGGGCGGAUGUCUCCCACGAUGGCUAGGAAGAAGGAACAGAGGCGGCAGACCCACGAACAACUCGCGAAUACUGCUCGCAAACAUUUUAACAACAUGGGGAUCGUGGAGAAUGAGAUUGUGGUGGAUUUUCUGUACAAAGUUCGAUUUCAAGGUGAGUUUGUUUUGAGAUCUGCCUGGGAGAGAACUGAAUCGUGGCGGAAUAAAGACUGA